CUAGCCCGUCGUGGCUAUAUCCUCGAAAACUACCCGGAAAACAUACUAAUGCCCGGUGAAAGACGUUCAACACUUGCAAAGAGCAAGGGCAUACACGACCUCUCUAUCCACGAGUGGCACAUCCUUGCAGAUGCCCUCAAGAAUAAUGCCCUCACCGUCAAAACUGUCGCAACAGACGCCCUCGAAAACCUCAUGGCUUCACGUGUCCCUGUCAUCAUUGGAGAAGCGCCCUCCACAGAUUCUCGUCACACUCGUGGUCGACAAGGGUUUGCUGAUGGACAGAUUGAUAGGCUUGGAUUGAGCCAUCUGGGCAAUACUUCU